AUGCAUAGGUCGAUUAGAACAUCUUUGUUGGUUCCAGGUUCAGGAGCUUUGUCAUCCAUGCUUUGCGCCAUGUGCAGAUGCUCGUGUUACUGGCCAAAGUUAGCCAGACCCAUCCUUCGCAGGUCGCGUCCUUUCUGUUUGCAAAGCCGCGCAUUGGCUGAUGCACAUGUUGCCGCAAAGCAGGAUUCACAAAGCCACCGACGUUUGGACCUACCAGCUGCGAAUGCUUCACAAAGUGGUGCAGAGAAGUUUGCAAGUUUGGUGUCGCAGGAGCUGGAAGCUGGAGCCACCGUGGAGCUGCUUCCGCGGUCAUCAGAGGCUGCGUGGCACCUCCUCAGGGCACUGUGCAUCGGAAAGAGAUCAGCUGAGUUCGAGGUUCACUUCGCGCCGCAUGCGGCAGAAGAGGAUAAUCGGUCUCUGCGUGUUUUGGCGCGGAGUGGGCCGGAAUGGGUGGACGUCAGCAAAGACUGGUAUACCGGAUGCUUUGUCAGCAGAUCGACGCAAGGAUGGAAGCUUGCCCGAAAGCUAGAGAUGGAUCUCCGAGAAAAAUCCGCAGUUGCCGUGCAUACCUUCGUAGAUGCGCUCCCAGCAGCCCUGACAAUCCUCCAGGCCCUGGCAGCAGUGCCCGGUCUGGCUGCGAAGGACCAUGCCCUUGUCUGCACGGCUGCUGCCGUGGACGGUGACUCCGCCACCCGCCUUAUCGUGCACGCACGUACUCCGAGGGCUUGGCUGGAUCCGGCGGCCAAGAUGGUCGAGGGAAGCUUCAUAGCCUACCCGCCUGGGUCUGCUGCUUCUGAGGAAGACAAGAGGGUCUUCCGGAACACUGUCCAUGCGAGGCUGCAGCCUGGGACCUGUGUUGCGAUGCAGUGCCGUGGUCCGCACGCAGCCUGGCACGCCUUGGAAGCUCUCGCCCUGAAGGGUCUUGUCACUGCAGAAGUGGAGGCAAGUUGGGUUGACUGGCAAAAUGGCGAAGCUGGCGGCCGAGCCAUUCAACUGAUCGCUACCACUGGAAAAUCCUGGCAGGAUUUCAACAAGACGGACUUCCAGAAGACAGCCCUUCUCAAAGCUGGGGACCAACCGCAGGUCUCACGACUUUCAGCGGCUAUCGGAGCUGAGAUCCACAAGCGAGGUGCGACGUCCAUACAUGUGUUUGCAGAUAACAUCGCUAGCGUUCACGCAACGCUGAAAUCCAUUGCAUCAGUCCCCGUACUAUCCAAGUCCGCUGGCAGGCGGGUGGUCUUUGUGCCGAGUCUCGGCUGGGCCUCGGGGCCAGACGGGACAAAAUCUCGCCGAAGUUUGCGAAUCUACGCAAAGCGGCUGACGGCCUCAUGA